UCAGAUAAGUUGGAGACAUAAGGAUAGGCCAUAUCAAGAUAUGUUUCCAUGUGAUAUAGAUAUAUCUACCUAGGUAGGUACCUACUUAAGGUUGUGCCAUCUCCAUGAGGGGUUGAAUUCUAUUAUCCCAUCAUAGUUUACGCUUCAUACUGCAAUCACAAUGGUUUCUGCUACUUCCGCCGCAGUACCGCACCCCUUCGAUCCUCUUAGUCAGGAUGAAAUUCAGUCAGUUAUCGGCAUCGUGAAGAAGGUGCAUGAAGAUGUCUCUUUCAAUGUUAUCUCACUCCAUGAGCCGCGAAAGGCGGAGAUGACAAAAUGGCUAGAAAACCCAGCUGAAGCUCCUCGGCCGCCUAGGGUUGCUGAUGUUGUCGUGAUUGCGCCUGGUGGCAAGGUAUACGAUGGAUUGGUUGAUCUUUCGGAUGGCAAGAUCACAAAGUGGGAAUUACUGGAUGGACUUCAGCCCAUUAUAACUAUGGAAGAACUGGUUCUUGUCGAGCACAUAUGUCGGAAGGAUCCUAAGGUUAUUGAGCAAUGUGAAAUAAGCGGAAUUCCCAAAGAAGACAUGCACAAAGUCUACUGUGACCCAUGGACAAUCGGUUAUGAUGAGAGGUUCGGCAGUAAGGUUCGACUUCAGCAGGCGCUGAUGUACUACCGACCCAAUGUCGACGACUGCCAAUACCAAUACCCUCUAGACUUCUGUCCCAUAUUCGAUGCAGAGAAGCAGGAAAUCAUUGCUAUUGACAUUCCCAAGGUACGAAGGCCAGUCAGCAAAUCUCCACCAAUCAACUACCACCCGGCUGCCGUUGAAAAGGCUGGAGGAUACCGUAACAACUUGAAGCCCAUCAACAUAACGCAACCCGAAGGUGUCUCCUUCACGAUGAAAGGGCGAGAGUUAGAGUGGCAGAACUGGAACUUCCAUAUUGGCUUCAACUAUCGGGAGGGAAUUAUUCUCAAUAACAUCACGUAUAACGACAAGGGAACUAUACGCCCGAUUUUCUACCGUCUCUCCCUAGCGGAGAUGGUUGUACCUUAUGGAAAUCCUGAGCAUCCUCACCAAAGGAAGCAUGCUUUUGACCUCGGAGAAUACGGUGCUGGGUACAUGACGAACGGUCUUACCCUGGGCUGCGACUGCAAGGGUUCCAUUCAUUAUAUUGAUGCUCACUUCCCUACGAGAUCGGGCAGCAUUCGCACUAUUAAAAAUGCGAUAUGUAUACACGAGGAGGACGAUGGUAUCCUAUUCAAACACACCGACUUCAGAGAUGAGUCGGUUAUCGUCACCCGAGCGCGAAAACUUAUUGUUCAGCAAAUCUUUACUGCUGCCAAUUACGAAUACGCUAUCCAGUGGAUCUUCCAUCAAGACGGUACCAUCCAACCCGAGAUCAAGCUCACGGGCAUCCUUAACACCUACGCCCUAAACCCCGAUGAAGACACCCAAGGCUGGGGAACUCAAGUAUAUCCAGGUGUCAAUGCGCACAACCACCAGCAUUUGUUCUGCCUUCGAAUCGACGCCAACGUAGACGGGCCCAACAAUACAGUCUUCAUGGUAGAUGCAGUGCCGUCCGAUGCGCCAGUCGGCAGCCCGGAGAACUACUACGGCAACGCGUUCUACGCCAAGCGGACGAGGCUAGACACGACCGGAAAGGCGACCACGGACUACGACAGCACUACAAGUCGCACGUGGGACAUUUGCAACACAAGCAAGCUCCAUCCUUACAGCAAGAAACCUGCGAGCUACAAGCUCGUCAGUCGGGAGGUUCCUAGGCUCCUACCGAAGGAGGGCUCCCUGGUUUGGAAUAGGGCCGCCUUUGCCAGGCACUCAGUUCACGUUACGAAGUACCGGGAUGAUCAGCUAUGGCCAGCAGGAAGACACGUACCCCAGACAUCUGGCGAGCCGUCCCUCGGGCUACCAGAAUGGAUCGGGGACGGGACGGAAUCCAUCGAGGACACCAACGUGGUGCUAUGGCACACCUUUGGAGUGACGCACAUCCCUGCCCCGGAAGACUUCCCCGUGAUGCCCGUCGAGCCCAUGACGCUGCUCCUGCGCCCGCGCAACUUCUUCUCCAACAACCCUGUCCUGGACGUCCCGCCCAGCUACUGCAGCACGCCGAGCCAAGUAGCUGCGAACGGCGCGGGGGCCUAUAAUGCGACGGACGGGAUGAGCAAGCUCGCUUUUACGAACGGUAAUGGCGGUUCGGGCGCUUGCUGUUCCGCCAGUGGCACCAAUGGCACCAAUGGGGUUAAUGGUCACUAAAUCGCUAGAGCGUCAUACUUGUCGAGACUAGGUUAACUGUGUGAGUUCAAGAGAAGGAUAUUGACUGGCGGGCCGUAAUUCAGGGUUGGAAUUUUGUCUAUAAUGUAUGUUAUUAGUCUAUGUGGCUGGUGUACCAGAUGUAUCAAUAGGAAGAAUGCAGAUAUCUCGAAGUACUUCGCAGAAAUUCGAACUAAAUCCGUUCAAAAGGAGUUACUAUCUAACCUAACCUAUAUAUGUAGGUCCCUAACUUGUUAUAUCCCUUUCUUUCAAGCUCACCUUUU